GUACAUGCUCAAAUUUUAAAUUUUUUUCAAAUUAGAUUGACAAUCCAUAUAAACUAGUCCAUUUUAAUAGCUCUGAUUAGAAAAACAUGUAUUAAGCCUUAUAUUAACAAGAAGAAGGCGUAACGACAUAAGUGGCAGCUGUGUAAGAUUGGCGUUAAAAUGAAGGCACUGACCCACGCUCCAUAUUUCAGCGCGUGGUCACACGAUCAACUUUCAAAACAACGUGGGCCACGUCUUUUCCCAGUUCCCACCACUCCUUUCCUCAACUUCCAAUGUCAAUACAACUCUUCGGUUUUUAUGAUCACGAUUUUGUAUAUCAUCAUAUAGUAUAAUCUAAUACUAUCAUAUAUAAUAUGAUAUCACAUUAAUGAUAAAAAAAGUGCUUCCUUGCUUGUUCAACACCCAUAUAUAUUUGGCUUAUCAUUGACGAUACUAUUUUACCAAAUUUAUCUAUCAAGCAAAACAUUAUUAAAUCUUGUUGGAUCGCAUGAAAAAAGUGCCAUAUAUUGCUUACAUGCCACCCUUCUUCACAAAAUACUAAAUCAUAUAAUUCUAGAAAUUGAAUGCCUUCUACUAAGAUUAUUUCUCAAAACCAACACGUAGGAGAGAUGGUAGUUUUUGAAGCAUUAAGGAAAGUGAAGCGUUUAAGGUUGUUUGAACCGUCUUUGGUUGUGGUUGGAUUUUUCCUAGUUUUUGUGAUUACUACAUGUUGUUUCUUCUACUUGGAUUUUAGAGAACUUGGUGGAAGAUUUGGUCAAUUGAAGAGGUUUGAACAUGAAGAUGUUAGAGUUGAUUUUCUUGGAGAAAAGGGUGAUGGAUGUGAUUUGUUUGAAGGGAAUUGGGUUUGGGAUGAAAAGUAUCCCUUGUAUGAAUCAAAAGAUUGCAAAUUUCUUGAUUUAGGAUUUCGUUGUUCUGAAAAUGGAAGACCUGAUUUGUUGUACACAAAGUGGAGAUGGCAACCUAAACAUUGUAACUUGCCCAGAUUCAAUGCAACAAUGAUGUUGGAGAAACUAAGAAACAAGCGACUAGUAUUUGCUGGCGACUCAAUUGGAAGAAACCAAUGGGAAUCAUUACUAUGCAUGCUCUCUUCUGAAGUUCCUAAUAAAAAUUCAAUCUAUGAAGUAAAUGGUAAUCCAAUUACAAAGCACAAGGGAUUCUUGGUGUUCAAAUUCAAAGAUUAUAACUGUACAAUAGAAUACUAUAGAGCUCCAUUUCUUGUACUGCAAAGUAGACCUCCAACAGGAGCUUCUAAAGAGAUUAGAACAACCUUAAAAUUGAAUCAAAUGGAUUGGAAUUCUAGAAAAUGGAGUGAUGUUGAUGUUUUGGUUCUUAACACAGGACAUUGGUGGAAUCAUGAGAAAACUAUCAAAGGGGGUUGUUAUUUUCAAGAAGGUGAAGAAGUUAAGAUGGAUAUGAAGGUUGAAGAUGCAUAUAAGAGAUCUAUUAAGACAAUACUAAAUUGGAUACAAGAUUCGAUAAACCCUAACAAGACGCAAGUUUUCUUUCGAACAUAUGCCCCUGUGCAUUUCAGAGGUGGAGAUUGGAAGAAAGAUGGAAAUUGUCAUUUGGAAACACUACCAGAAAUUGGAUCAUCAUUGGUGCCUAAGGAUAAUUGGUCACAGUUCAAAAUUGCAAAUUCUGCAAUAUUAGAAUACACAAACACUUCUCAAGUUAUGAAAUUGAAGAUAUUGAAUGUAACAAGGAUGACAGCUCAGAGAAAAGAUGGACAUUCAUCCAAAUAUUAUUUGGGUCCUAAUGAAAAUCCACAUCGACAAGAUUGUAGCCAUUGGUGUCUUCCUGGUGUACCUGAUACAUGGAAUGAAUUACUUUAUGCGUUUUUUCUUAAAUAUGAAACUUCUCAUAAAUGAAAUUUGCAUCAUACUACACGGAGAAUGUAAUGUUUCUGGUAGAAACAAAGUUUUUUUUGCCAUUGUGAUUAUUAAUAUUGAUUUAGAUAAGAAGAAAAGAACACUGGUGGUAGAAACACAGUUUUUUUUGCCAUUGUGAUUAUUAAUAUUGAUUUAGAUAAGAAGAAAAGAACACUGGUGGUAGAAACACAGUUUUUUUUGCCAUUGUAAUUAUUAAUAUUAAUUUAGAUAAGAAGAAAAGAACACUGGUGGUAGAAACACAAUUUUUUUUGCCAUUGUAAUUAUUAAUAUUGAUUUAGAUAAGAAGAACAUUAAUGUAACUAUCCAAGUUGUUGUUAUUGGUUUAAUUGUGAAAUGAGAGAAAA